UCCGCUGCCGGAAGUGGCUCUCGGGCCGCGGCAGAUUUGGGACCUGGAGAUCUCUGCGGUUUCCUCCUGCCUUUACAAAACAACCAUGUCAUCAGAAUCAAGCAAAAAACGUAAGCCCAAGGUGAUCCGAAGUGAAGGAGCCCCAAAUGAAGGGAAGCGUAACCGAUCUGACACUGAACAGGAAGGUAAAUACUACAGUGAGGAGGCUGAAGUAGACCUGCGGGACCCUGGCAGAGACUAUGAACUGUACAAGUACACAUGCCAGGAGCUACAGAGGCUUAUGGCUGAAAUCCAGGACCUGAAAAGCCGGGGAGGCAAGGACAUGGCAGUUGAGAUCGAAGACCGGAGGGUCCAGAGUUGUGUGCACUUCAUGACUCUAAAGAAACUUAACCGAUUAGCCCAUAUCAGGUUGAAGAAAGGAAGAGAUCAGACCCAUGAGGCUAAACAGAAAGUAGACGCUUAUCACCUUCAGCUCCAGAACCUAUUGUAUGAGGUGAUGCACCUGCAGAAGGAGAUCACCAAGUGCCUGGAAUUUAAAUCGAAGCAUGAAGAAAUCGAUCUGGUUAGUAUAGAGGAAUUUUACAUGGAGGCUCCGCCAGAAAUCAGCAAUGCUGAAGUUACCAUGGGAGAUCCUCACCAGCAAACCCUAGCACGUCUGGACUGGGAGCUAGAGCAGCGGAAAAGGCUGGCAGAGAAGUACCGAGAGUCCCUAUCCAACAAGGAGAAGAUCCUCAAGGAGAUUGAGGUGAAGAAGGAGUACCUGAGCAGCCUCCAGCCCCGCCUCAACAGCAUUAUGCAGGCAUCCCUCCCAGUGCAGGAGUACCUGUUCAUGCCAUUUGACCAGGCUCACAAGCAGUAUGAAAUUGCCAGACACCUGCCGCCACCCCUCUAUGUUCUCUUUGUCCAGGCCACUGCUUACGGGCAGGCUUGUGCUCAUAUGAAACCCUCUCAGCCCCCUAGACAGGAUAAGACGUUGUCCGUGGCAAUCGAAGGCAGUGUGGAUGAAGCCAAGGCUUUGUUUAAGCCUCCCGAGGAUUCCCAAGACGAUGAAAGUGACUCUGAUGCUGAAGAGGAACAAACUACGAAACGCCGUCGACCCACGCUGGGAGUUCAGUUGGAUGACAAGCGAAAGGAGAUGCUAAAGAGGCACCCCCUGUCUGUCAUGCUGGACCUGAAAUGCAAAGAUGACAGUGUGAUUCACCUGACUUUCUAUUACCUCAUGAACCUCAACAUCAUGACAGUAAAAGCCAAAGUGACUACAGCGUCGGAGCUGAUCACGCCCUUAAGUGCAGGGGAUUUGCUAUCGCCUGACUCAGUCCUGAGCUGUCUGUAUCCUGGGGAUCACGGAAAGAAAACUCCAAACCCAGCCAAUCAGUAUCAGUUUGAUAAAGUUGGCAUCCUGACCUUGAGAGACUAUGUACUUGAGCUAGGUCACCCUUAUUUGUGGGUACAGAAGUUGGGUGGCCUCCACUUCCCCAAAGAGCAGCCCCAGCACACUGUGGUCAUGGACCAUUCCCUGAGUGCCAGCCACAUGGAGACCACCAUGAAGUUGCUGAAAACCAGAGUGCAGUCUCGCAUGGCCCUCCACAAACAGUUUGCAUCUCUGGAACAUGGCAUUGUACCAGUUACCAGUGACUGCCAGCACCUCUUUCCUGUAAAGGUUGUCUCUCGCCUGGUGAAGUGGGUGACUCUUGCUUAUGAAGAUUACCUGGAGCUACCUUUCACCAAGGACAUUGUGGAGGCAGGACUGGCUGAGGACACCAAUCUCUACUACAUGGCACUUGUGGAGAGGGGCACAGCCAAACUACAAGCUGCUGUAGUUUUGAAUCCUGGAUACUCUUCUUUUCCACCCAUCUUCCAACUUUGUCUGAACUGGAAAGGGGAAAAAACCAACAGCAAUGAUGACAAUAUUCGGGCCAUGGAGAGCGAGGUCAAUGUGUGCUUUAAGGAGUUGUGCGGCCCGCGGCCCAGCCACCAGCUCUUGACCAACCAGUUGCAGCGACUGUGUGUGCUUCUGGAUGUCUACCUGGAGACCGAGAGCCAUGACGACAGUGUGGAGGGGCCCAAGGAAUUUCCGCAGGAGAAGAUGUGCCUUCGGCUUUUUAGGUACAGGGUCGGUGUGAAUGUUGGUUUUAGGAGCCUCCUCUUCUGGGGCCUGUAUACCUUGGGCUGAGAUCAGAGUCAGGCGUGCAGAGCAUGGUCAUUCCUCCAUGCACUUGUCUCCAUUCCUGAUGGAAGUUUGAGUCCUGCUGCCACCAUCUCUGGGGAGAGCUGCUCCCUCCUUCCUGCAACUUUCCCAUAGCCCUUUUCCUACCAGCACCGUUCUUCACUGUUCUUCACAAAUGCUUCUGGUGGGCCACCUAUAGAGUAUGCAGCAAACUUUGGGUUUUGGACCAUAUCAGUGGAGCUUGGAUCACUUCUGGAGAAGCUUAGGAGGCCAUCUGGAGUCCAGGUUGGGCUCAGUAAAAGUAAGCACACUGCCUCUAUACUAUUGCUCUGGCCCAAAGAAGUGUUACCUUUUAAUUUGUGACUAAUAGGGCUAGCACAUGAAAGACAUCCAGAGUAGUUCUUAAUAAAUGGGCAGGACUGCCGGUCUUUGUAUUUAGAGUAUCCAGACUCAGGGCACUUCUGACUACUUUUCCUUUUUCUCAGAUGUUGGCUCCUGCUUUUCUCUUUUAUUUCCUGACUCAUGUUUUUUUAAAAGCUGGUUUCAUAGCAUUAGUCUACUUCUUGGCUAUCUCUUCCAUUUUGAACCUGCAAUUGGGCAGAAAUAGGUCUGGAAGGGAGAAGGACUAAAAUCCUCUUCUCAUCAGAAUAUGUCCCUAUGCCCUGUCGGUCUAAGAGUACUGCAUCUGCCCCUCAGUGUAUUCUCUGACAGCCAGUCCUGUCUGCACCAGCAUCCCCCCUGCCUGGCUGGCACCUCCACCUGGUCUGGUUCUUUGCAC